AUGAACGUGGAAGAGAACGAUGAUUUGUAUGGUAUUUUAGCCGAGAAGAACAUCAAGUUCGUUCAAUUAGGGUUGUUCAAGAAGUUUGAGACUUGGUAUGGUACCGCUGUGUAUUUCAACAGCGAGAACAAGAAGCUUGGGUUUUAUGAUGAGACUCAGAUGAAGCCAGGUCAGCAAGGCAAUGGCUAUGGUAGAGGUUCAAAGAUCAUCAAGGGCAAAACUGUCAAGAAAAAGAAGAUGACUAACAAAGCUUUGAGCUCAUUGAAUGAUCAUGCGUUAUCCAACAUUCAGCUUAAGAGCAAUCCAAAGACCUCGGAUAAUCAAUUUUGGUUAGAUACUCUCUAUGUGUGUGAAUAUUGCUUUAAAUACACCGAUGUGAAAGACGAUUUUGUAAAUCAUGUUCACCAAUGUUCUUUCAAGGAGAAGGCACCCGGGAGGAUCAAAUAUAAAAGUCCCCAAUACACGAUACGCCGGGUAAAGGGCUCUAAACACCAACUGUUCUGUCAAUGUCUCUGUCUUUUCACUAAAUUAUACUUGGAUAACAAAUCUGUUUUCUUUAAGCUAGAUCACUAUGAGUUUUACAUAGUCUAUGAGACUGGAAAAACCAUCCCCAUGGCAUUUUUCUCAAAGGAUCUAGUGUCUUAUAACCAGAACAACCUAGCAUGCAUCUUGACUCUUCCUCCAUAUCAGAGAAUGGGCCUGGGCUCUCUACUUAUAGAAUUCUCGUACCAUUUAUCCCGCCUAGAAGGUAUAGUAUCUGGACCUGAGCUUCCUUUGUCACCAUUUGGUCUUAUAGGGUAUCUGCGAUAUUGGUCACUAGUGAUCUGCUGGCAGCUUUGCGAAGGCGACCUAUCUAACUUUGAAAGAUUGUCAAUACAGGACAUAUCUUUAGCCACAGGGAUAAGAAUAAGUGACAUCAUACCGACCCUGAAACACUUGAACUGCAUUAUAGAUGAAAACCACAUAAACCUUAAAGUACUAAAGCAGUGGCUUAAAACGCAUACUAAACCAGGGCAAAACCCAUUCAUGAUUAAUGAAGAAUAUCUACUGAUAGACGAUUGA